CCCGCCCCGCGCCCUCCGGCACAAACCCUCUAUCGCGACAGAGCCGGGGCCGCGCGGGGCGCGACUCCCGCUGACAUCAGGCGGGCCGGGACCCCCGCCCCCGCCCCAGCCCCGCUGAUGCUCCGGCGCCGCCGCCGCAGCCGCGUCCGCCCGGCCGAGCCGAGCGGGGGGAGCGGGGGGGGCCGGGCCGGGGGGGGCCGCGGGCAGCGCCGAGCCCGGAGAAUCCCUGAAAUCCGCCGGGGGGGGCGGAUCGGAGAAGGAGAACGGGAUGCCGGAGGGAGCGGAGGCAGCCCCCUCGCCGAUGCCCGCGACCCCCCCGCCGAUGCCGGCCAAGGAGGAGGCUCGCCCCCCGCCCGAGGGGGCCAGCUGUGACCCCGGCCCCGCCGCCGCCGCCCCCCCCGGCUCCCCGUGCCGGCCGCCGCCGCCCGCGGACCCGCUGGACACCCGCAUUGUGAUGGGGGAGGAGACGC